GUUCGAUAUUUGCUUUUAAUUAACGCUUGGAAUUGCAGUUUUACAAUGAUUUUUCUCCAAUGAAAAUCUAAAAAAAAUUAAUGAAUUUUAUAGAAAUUAAUAGUUUAAGUAAGAAAGUUAGUGUGGUAUAAAAAAGUUCUCUUAAAAACGGCAGUUAAAUUGCGAAAUAAUCGGGCAAAAUAAUUUUAUGGAAGUGAAAAGAUUUGGUUGCAGAAAAAAAAAGAGUGUGGGAAAAAGAAAAAGCAGAAAAAAACAUAACCACUAAGGUGAAUGUGAGCAAACGGAAUAAGAGAAAAACAGAAGAAACAAAAAACAAAAUUUCUGCCAGAUUCAUAGUCACAACAAAAAGAAUAACAUUACAAUACGAUUGUGGAGAUCCGUAAGCGCAGUAGAAAAGUUGGUGCACACACCUGUCGCGGGGUAUUCGUCAUCACAAGGGUGCCUUACUGGUAAAAAAAGAAAAAAUAAACAAAUAAAAAAAAAACAUAAACGAUUUAAAACAUAUGGGACGAAGAAAGACCCUUGAUAUAUUUAAAUAAACAGAACAAAUCAAAGGCACUUUCGUUAAGAGAAAAUGUAGAAUGAGAUAUAAUGGUUUUGGCGAAAGUGUGAAUUAAUGCAUAAAAGUGAAAUAUAAAAUACAACAAAAUGUUUACAAAAAAAUCGCAUGCGGAUGUUAAGAAAUCUACAGCGAAAUUGCAAGAUUAUAAAAAGGAUUCGGCAUCACGUUUGCGUCAUUUACGCACUAUAUUGGAUAAUGUUGAUCAUGAAGAGGCGAAGUCACUAUUCGAAACGAAUUACAGUCAUGUCUAUUUUAUACUCUACGACACGUUCAUACAGGCCGAAGCCAAUCUCAAACAAAAAGAACUUCCGUUUCAUAUCGUUCAUAAAGCUCACCGCGAAGAGUUGGACGGUUCAUUGUGGCUGCUGGAGAAGAUUUUAUGUUUGUUGCCAGAGCUCCUGGCUCGACGCUGGCAAUGUCAUUCACUUAGUCGUAUUAUGGGUAAAUUACUGCAUUUGGGAAAUUCUCCUAAAUUACGCAAAGAAGGCGUGCGUUACUUUCUUCUUUGGUAUCAAGCCUUGGGAGAGAAUGCUCCCUCCUAUGUUCAUAAUAUGUACGGCGACUUAAUUCCUGGCCUUAUAGUACCUCAAAAAGGUAUUACAGGUCCCGACGUUGAAUUUAAUGCUGGCGACUUUCUUAAUCAUCCCAAUAUGAAAGUGGAGGGCGGCAUGACAUCCGUUUUCCACGAUACUUAUUCACAUCCCGUACAAAAUGCUGAAUUAAUAGCUCUGUUGCCACCUUCAUCGAAUGAGAAAUCGACGCCACCCGAUCCACGUGACGGUCUAGAAAUACUGUUAAAUAGUAUGGUUCAGACGAUUGCUUGCCUCAAAUGGCGCGACAAUCAUUCCCAAAAAGAUCACAAGGCCUUUGCUUUCUUAUUGCAACGUUUUAAGGAAAUCUUUCUUCCAGUAUUUUGUCCUAAUUUUGAUUUCACUAUGUCGGUUUAUGAGCCACGUGUAGAGUUACCAACUAUGCGUUCUAUUCACAAGAAAGAAGAAGUCAUGGCUUCUUGCACGGUCGUUUUGAUCAAUUGGCUUUCGCGGUUCACGCAUGAACGUCUAUUGCAACAUCGUUUGGAUAACGUUCAUAUAGCCGAGGCAGCUGAUCAUAUACGUUUGCAUGCCUAUCAGCAGGGUUUAAUCGUCAGAGACGUUCUUUACGCUACUCGUGAAAAUGUUAAUUUCAUACACGAAGUUUAUCGACAAGGAUUUCUUUUAAAUUUUACUACCCGGGCUCAAAUUGAUGCUAUCCGUACAGUUAUCGCUGUUUACCGCGAUUGGAUGACUGGAAAUACGCCACCGCCUUUUUUACUAGAGCCAGAGAACAAUUUAGCUACGACAAAUCAGCAGCAGCAGCAACAACAACAGCAAAAUUAUAGUCACAGUAAUGCCGGCGGUACACCUCGCAGCACUUUGCGUUUACGCACAGCUUCUUACGCAGGCGCUAUGUCCAGAGAGAAUUUGUUAGUACGUGCUGGCCUUCAAAAUAUUCUUCAGACUUUUGUUACAAAUGCGGCCAAUGUGUUUCUGGUGAACACAAGUAAUCUUAACAUAUACUUUCCCACAAAAUCUAGGGAUUAUCGUUCAACGCCUCUGCAUGAGCAAACUGAGGUUUGCAAAAAAGUUCUAAAUGUUUAUCGAACAAUGGUUAUGAAUACGCCCAUGGAACCGAAAACUUGGGAACAGCUGCUGCUGGUACUACUUCAAGUGACUUCGGUUGUUUUGCAUCAACAUCCACCAACAGCUUCAAAAAAUUCUAGUUUAGGCGGCAUUUUAGGUCAGGCCAUUUUUCAAACGCUCAUUGUAACGUGGAUACGAGCUCACACCAAUGUUCCCGUCAAUGUACAAUUGUGGGAUAAAUUCCUAGCUGUUUUGACUUCGUUAACCUAUCGCGAUGAACUUAUCAUUGAAUGGGACAAAACUAUUCAAACGUUGACCAGAGUCUUCUCGCGUUAUGUGUAUUCGUUGAAUCUACAAGAUUUGCCUUUGGACCGUUUGGCGGAGAGUAAAGGUAAACGCCGACGUAUGGGAGUUUGGCAGCAAACAUCUUCAAGCAACGGAAUAAUAGGCAAGGAAAGAGAAGCAAAAGAACAUAUUCAAGUGGAACGAAACUUUAGUGGUAGCCGUUCGGAAGAAAUUUCGCAAAGCACAGGUGGUAUUGUGGAAGGCACUGUGUCUGUUAACAGUAAUAAUCAUAAGACGGCCUUAAGCAGAAGCGGAGCAUAUCAGCGUUAUUCGUCGGCUACUGCUGGGUAUCCUACGACGCCCGUUCUCUCAUUGAAUCGGAGCUAUAGUGAGGGAAGUUUGGCGUCAGUAGCUCGUACUUCGCGUAUGCGCCGCAAACAUCAAAAACACAAGAGUCAAAACUCUUCUAACAACGCACCAAUUUUACCGUCAAGUGUAGAGCAUUCAUUAAACGCAAUUCUAGCUCAGUCUUUAAGUGGCAAGGAAGAAUUUGAACAUGUUGAUUUGAAUAUGACGGCGCAAUCAGCGGACAUACGCAAGGCUAUGUCCUUGGAUUCCUUAACAACUUUGAAGAGAACGAGCAAAAGACGUAGGAUUCGACGCGCAACGAAUGCAGAAGAUGAGCGCGAUAUUGACGACGUAGAUGGUGUCACCGAAAGUGCUGAUGAAGGUUCGCGCAGCCCUUCACCCACAGCUAGUAGCGGGAUCGAAGGUAGUUCUAUGAAAGAUGCUCAUAUACAAAUAGAUGUUUUGGCUGUGGAUAGUGGCGGUAGUCUGGGGGAAAGCGAAGGCAAUUCCGGAAGUUUCAAUACAGAGCGGCGUUCUAUUAUCUUAGGCGGCACAGCAACUGGUUGGUUACCAGACUCCACAGCGAUAAUGUGGAAACGUAUGCUUGGUUCUUUGGGCGAUAUCAAUCGCAUACCCAAACCAGAACUGCAUGCUCAAGUGUUUAAGCAUUUACUUGACAUGACGCUUAAUUUAAUACGCAUUAGAAACAAUCAAGGAGUUUCAACAGACAAUCAAAGUACACCUCCUCCACCAAAUUUGAUACCGCCUAUAGGUUUAGUAGCACCAUGGUGUUAUGGCGCCUUAACUUUGGACAAAAGCUUUAAGCGGGGUAAGCUGUGGGCAAUACAACUUCUCUGCACGCUAGCAAUAAAUGGUGCGGCAACUAAUAUGCAGCAACUACCAGUAUUCUAUUUUGCUUUGCAUCGCGUUCUAACAGGCGAGGAGAGGGAAAUGAUUUAUGCAGCUUUGAAACAUCUAGAGGGCCCACGUUUCCUUAGUUUAUUGCUGCCAGGUCAUACAUUAUUGCUAUUGGAUAUCGUACAUGCUUCGGCGAUAUUGCUUACUUCCUUAGAAGCCAAUCGCGCAACACCUAGAGCUGAAGUAGCGGCAUUAUUGGGUACAUUGUUGUCUUAUCCUUCAACUCUAUUACCUAGACCUUUGUUGCAGCCAUCUCCACAAGUAUUUGAACUUAUGGAAUGUGCCGAUUUGCAAGACCACAUUCUUAAUAUAGUUCUCCGUUGCGCUCGGAGAGAACCGUCGGCCAGAGCUCGUUGCAUUGCUUUGGCGCAGUUGGCUCAAUGGAUUUUAUUAAAAUUAUCGCAGCCUACUUGCGAUGACAAUAAUUCUGGAUUUCAGCAAGCAAUUCCUAUCCCGAAGGGCAUACAACUUAAAGACGAAACAUGUCAUAACCGCUGUUUCAAUCCACGCAUCAAAGAAGCUCUUCAAGUUCUCUUGCAAGCUUUGCAGUUUAAACAUCGAACAAUUGCUAUGGUUGCUAUCGACUCAUUGAAAUUGUGUUCACAAAGAGGUCAACAGUUGGCUGCUAUAGAGCGAUUACCGCAUUUAAUAAUCAUGGCGAUUUGUAGGGCCUUAGAAAUACAAAAUGUCACAAAUCCCAAAGACGCUGACAAGGUUGUACUAACUGCUUUAAUACUUUGUCUCGGGGAAUAUUGUAUGGCUUUACCAAUGACAAUUAUGUUGGAAUCACUAAACGAAAAUGGUGAAACUUUAAUCCUUAUGGUUCUUAGAGUUCUGCUGCAGAUUGGUGCCGGAGGACCGCGACACGAAAGAGUAAAAUUGACAGCGGACGAUGAUUUUGACAUGAAUAUUGCUAGUGAUGAUCUGCAAGAAGAUGGCAAAUUACCCGAAGCCAAUUAUCAAACUUCUGAGACAAUACAAGCAUGCAUUUCAGCAAUACGUCUUUGUGCCAAAGCAGUUGUCAUGCAUCUUGUGACGCACUUGGGCCAUUUUCCCAUGGGAAUUGGGGCGGCUCGUUUGAGUUCGCUAGUGGAGGAACAAGACGAUGUCAAUACACUUAAUGGAUCCCCUGUUAACAAUCUGAAUAAUUGCAAUAGUGUAGAAUUACGAAGGGAUUCCGUAGAACUUCAUUCGGUUUUACAUGCUCAAAAUGUUCAAUUGUUUAUGUUGAACCCUGGAUUGGUAGCUAGCUUUAUUGAAUUGCCAACUCUUAAACUACCUGGCGGUGGGGUAACCGCUGGUUUGGUUACAGCUGAGAAGCAAGUUCGCGUACUUUUGCGGGAUCUUAAUGGCAAGGCCUGUUGGGACGCCUCAAUUCUCUAUAGUGAACCAAAGAAAGAAUUUUGCAAAUCGGACGAUCUUCCGCCCUCGGCUCUGGACCCCGCAGCAUUUAGUCCAGCACAUUUGCAACGUUUACAGCUGGUACAACCAAUGGACUCAUUAAUGACGUCUAUGCAAAGCGUAGAAAUGUUAGCACCGAGGCAUACGUUACGACAUCGACCCGCCGGAGAGCUGCCAUUAGCUAAGGAUAUGGCUCCCGAUUUAGAUCAACUAGAUGAUCUUUUGGCAUAUAUUGGUCACACUAGUCCUGAAUGCUUACCUUAUCCGGUGACGCUUCUGAAUGCUCCUGGGCCUAGUCCUCUAGGAAGUAAUGCCGAAGCUCGCGCCAUAUCGGUUAUAUUAAAUCAACGAGCUACAGAACUGGAAUUUGUUGCCAAUCUUAAUCACCUAGCUCUCCAACAAGCUCCGGCUAAUAGUAAUACUUCUUCUCUUGGGGUGCCACACGAUGCUCGCUCUUUGCAUUCGGUGCAAGAACCAAUGUCUCACAAUUCAUUUGAAUCUUAUCACAACUCUAGUUUUAACGGACGUAACGAGAUACCGUUUCAAUAUUGUCGGCUGCUUUUCUCCCAUUUAGGUCUGGCCGGAUGGGAACGACGGUCCCGAACACAUCUCUUGCAUCGCACUGAAAAACUGUUGCGGGAAUUGCGCAAUGUAGAUUUGCAAAAAUGUCGAGAGACCCAUAAAAUGGCUGUUAUUUAUGUGGCUUCUGGCCAAGAAGAUAAGAAUAGUAUAUUACGAAAUGCCAGCGGCAGCAUGAUGUACGAGAUGUUUGUAUCGGCUCUCGGUUGGGAAAUUGAUUUAGAGACACAUAAUGGUUUCUUGGGCGGUUUACCACGUCAGGGCUGCGGUGCCACUGCUCCGUACUUUGCUACGCCAUUUCUCGAAGUUAUUUAUCAUGUUGCUACUCGCAUGCCUUCAGAUUCUUCCGAGGCCAUAUUGCUGAAAACGCGACAUUUGGGUAACGACGAAGUUCAUAUUGUAUGGAGUGAGCAUAAUCGAGACUACAGACGUGAUAUAUUGCCAACAGAGUUCUGUGAUGUUCUGAUUGUAGUGUAUCCCUUAAAGAACGGUCUCUUUCGCGUGACCGUUAAUCGCAAGGCUGAGGUUCCUUGGUUCGGUCCAUUAGCUAAUGAGAGCGUGGUGAGCGGAGCUUGCUUAGCUGAGCUAAUAAGGGCCACUGCCAUCAAUGCUAGUCGUGCUAAACGAGCUGCUUUACCACUCUACCAGCAAUAUUAUGAAGAACGUAACCGUUCGUUAGAUAGCGUUUCUUCACGAUAUAAGGAAAGUACAACAUUCGAGGAUUUUGCAAACCGUAUUUACAAUCCCAUGCCAGUAUCAGCUUAUGCUACGUUAAGGGAUAGUGGCAAUAAUGCGCCCUUAGCAGCUGCGUUAAUUGAUUCACAUCAACGUUCUUCGGUGAAAGGUUGGAUACAAGCUACUAUUGAUUCGGCAAAUGUGAAAGAAAUAUCGCAUGGUUUGGCGCCAUCGGCAUCGGCCUCAACCACAGCGGCAAUGGAAGCUGCUCACGCAAUGUCAUCAUCACCGAGAGGUGGUCGAAAGUUGGGCUCAACCUUCAAAGCUGGUACUAAACGCAAUCCUUUACAUUCGACAACUCAUCAUACGACACCGCCGGAAAGUCCAACAUUGCCUUUGCGCAAAUUUAAAUAAUAUUUAGCUUUUUCUAAUUAAGAAAGUGAUCAGAAGUUUAAACGAACUACCAGUUCGUUACAACUAGAGAUUAUCAAACAUAAGUAUUACGUGCGACCUUAACAUUAAUAUUCAUUCCUCUUACGUUGUAAAUGAGCGAGUGAGGCAAGAUAUAGGUAGAGCCAAAAGAUGCGCAUUUCAUAAUAAUCAAUCAAUUGAAGCAAAAUCAACGAAGCGCAUUUUAAAUGCUAGCAUUUUUUAUUAUAACGUUUUUUUUUUUUUUCGUUUUUCUCCUCAUCUUCUUCCGCUAAAAAAUCAAGUAUUGUGACAUUUGUUUUUGCAAACAAUUCUAUUUUGCUUAACUUAACUUAUUAUUAUAAUUAUUAUCCGUUGUAGUUAAUCUUAUAUGUUAUCUUAUAGUUAUUUAUUUCCCUUAACUUGAAGUUUGUUUUGUUUUCAUUUGUUUUAUUUGAUAA